UAUAUCUGAUAACCAGCUGAAAGCAAACGCUUGACUUCUCUGUUAACUUCUACAGACCUCGAGAUAAUGGCUUGCCCACCUGGAGAUUGGAGUGAGACAAAGGAUGCCACUGAGGAAACUCAGGACAUUUCUAAUCAGGUGAAAUGCGCUGUGGAGGUAAAGACUGGCAAGUGCUAUGAGGAAUACAAAGCAGUUAAAUACAGGAAUCAUGUGGGUGGAGAAAACUUCCUCAUCAAGGUUUUUGUUGGAGUGGAGGACUACAUCCAUCUGAGUGUUUUCAAACCACUUCUGUGCAGCGGAGAAAAGGUUGAGCUGUGCGGCGUGGAGGAGCAGAGAACCAAAGAGCUCCCCCUCGUACCUUUUCCAAACUGAUCACACAACCUGUUUCAACAGUGAAAUACUUACAGGCUGCAGUCUCGUAUUAAAAUGCUCUGCUGCUUUAUCCUGAAAUGAUUGGACAUUGAUUUCCAAUGUAUUCACACAUAAAG